AUGACGACGACCAAGACAACUACAACGACCAAGACCUACGACCAAGACAACGACAAAGACGACGACCAAGACAACGUCCAAGACGGUGACGACGACAAAGACAAUGACAAGGAAGGCGAUGAAGACGAUGGCGAACAAGACAACGACCAAGACGAUGACGACGACCAAGACGACGACCAAGACAUCGACAACGACGACGAUGACCAAGACAACGACAAAGACGACGACGACGACGAUCAAGACAACAACAAAGAUGAUGCUGACGACGACGACAAAGACGACGACAAAGACGACGACCAAAAAAACGAACAAGCCGACGACGAUCAACACAACGACAUCGACCAAGACGAUGACGACGACGGAUAUUAG